AUGCUUUUGGAUGAUUGCUUGCUUGAUUAUGUGGAUCUGCUUAAAGAGCUUGAGGAUACCGUUGAGCCCGCACUAGAGAAGUUGAAACUGGUGUUCAAUCGUGGGUAUGGCGUACACGAAGUCAACAUUAUUGUAUCUGAUCACUCGUUGGUGUCUGAAACGCCGAUACCGUCCUUAGGCGAUCUUUCUCCUUUGAAGGAUUUUGACGAAAAAGUCAGAGCGAUACUGUAUGUGCUGACAAGACUCUUGGUUGGCAAAGUUCACAGGCUCAUCGUGUCUGAAUUACAUGGUUUGUCUCAGGAGCAGUGGAUUAUGUUCAAAACGAUCGAAUCUAAUAUUACCUCGGAAUUUGAGCCGGCUGACUUUGAAUGGGUUACUCUCGAAGACGAGCUCAUGCGGAAAAUCGAUUCAUACUUCGAUGUUAUUGAUUUGGAUAAAGAAGAUGAAGCUUUCCGCGAAGCCUGGGGUGAAUUUCUUAAAAAUCUCUACGGUGAUGACUUGACCUUUGCCAAGGCCCUCCGCCAUGAGUUUGUUCGGUUGGCAAGGAAUUUAAUGGACAGAAUAGCACGUAUGAUUGCUAAACUGUCGAAAUCCUUCAAUGAAAUACUGCUUACCUAUUUCGACAAACACAUGCACAAAGAGUAUGAUAUCACGGAGUUGUAA